CUUAUCAACGGGUUAGGCAGUUCUCCAAUUAUGGAGUAUCCUCCCAAUUUUAAUGGUGAGGAUCUUUCGCAAACUUCAUUAGAAACUACUCUCUCCCUCUUUGCGUACAACCCUAGCCAACAAACCCAUCUCUCCCCAUCCAUACCUGACUGGUAGGAAUGGCCCAAAAACGUAAAUCCGAUCAUGAUCCACCUCAUAAUUCAGUGUCUGAAGAAGAAGAGGAGGAAGGAGAAGGGUCAUCUGAAGAAUUAGAAGACUCUGAAUCAGAAUCUGAAGAAGAAAAAGAGAAACCCACCCCUUCAUCACCCCCACCUCAAAUUACCAAAAAUCCCUCUGUUCCGAAGAAACCAGAACCCCUUUCUCAAGCCCCCGAUUCUUCUUCUUCCUCCUCCGAUGACUCCGAACAAGACUCUGAAUCGGACACUCCAUCAGAGAAGUCUCGAAAUUUGGACCCCAAAAUCAAACCUAUUGCUUCAAAGCCGAUGGAUGAGGAAACCAAGCCAACUAAAAAGCCCAGAUCUAAACCCAGUUUGCCACCCAGUUCACCAAUUCCGCCGAAGUCCACCAAAAGGCCAGUGGAGAGCGAAGGCAAGGAAUCUAAGAGAGCAAAGCAAAAAACGGACGUUGAUAAUGGAGAUUUGGAGAGGAAGAAUUCAACUGUAACACCUGGGGAUGAUUCGAAGAAGCAGUUGUUUCAGAGGUUGUGGAGUGAAGACGAUGAGAUUGUGAUUUUGAAAGGUAUGAUUGAGUACACGGCGAAGAAAGGGACUGACCCAUUUGCUGAUAUGAAUGCAUUUCAUGAAUUUAUCAAAAAAUCUUUACAUGUUGAAGUAACUAAGGCCCAGUUGUCAGCUAAGGUUAGGAGGUUGAAGAAGAAGUAUGAGAACAAUGCCAGUAAGGAGAAGAAAGGUAAAAAACGGACUUUUUCGAAUCCCCACGAGCAAAAAUCGUAUGAGUGGUCGAAAAAGUUUUGGGGGGGUGAGAGUGAUAGUGUAGAAGUUAAUAAUUCUUUGAAGGUUAAUGGUAGUCCAAGGAAGAAUCAGAACCAAAGAGGUAGUAAGGCCUUGGUGGCUAAUCCAAAAGUGGAGGAGAAAAAAGAGAAUGGUGUUCUGUCGCCAGAUGGGUCGAAGGAUGUGGAAAAGAUGGAGGUUGAGCAUAAUAUGGCACCACCGCCAUCCGUGCAGAUAAGUAGAAGCAUUGGGGAUCAGAGUUUGGAAGAGAAGAUUAUAAAGGAUGGAUUGGAGUUGAUCAAAGGGCCGAAAAGGGUAGAGUUGGAGGAUAAGUGGAAGAAGCUUCAUGUGGAGGAUGUUGAGCUUUACUUGAAGCGUGUGGAGUUGAUAUGCGAGCAGACGAAGUUGGUAUUGGAAGCGCUAAAGUCGGGGCAAUAAGGUUCUAUGCAGGUAAUUUCAUGGUUAUUGAAUUGGUGAUGGCUCACGUAGAGGACAAGAAUGAUAGUUUAUGUGUUUGUGCCUUGUGGUAUUUAUCAUUUUAAAGGGUGUUCUGCAUCUUUUACAUGACUUUGGAGGUUGUAUGAUGUGAUAUUCAAAUCUUUACUUCUAUAGUUGGAAGAUUCUCUGUCUAAUAUCUUGUUACAUCCAUGCUGCUAUUUUUAUAUGAAGAUGUAGGUUCGGUGCCAUAUUUCCAUAAUUUCCUGGAAUGUAAAGCAUCUGUUUUUUUCCGUUUUCUAUGGGCAUUGACUGCAUUUUGUCCUGUUUAAUUAGAGUAGUUUCAUUUGUUUGUGAAUCUCCGUGUAUGUUGAAAACACAAAACUUUGUCCUCCACUAAGCCGAAAGACAGAUCUCAUCACAAAACUUGGUUUUCCUAAACUAUCUAUCCUUAGAAGUAAG